AACUGUUAGACGUCUGAAUGAGCACAGAACGUCGUCAUGCAUCCGCAGUACUGUGGAAAUCUCUCCUCCCCGUUGGAGAAAAUGUGUGGAGUUACCUUACCCACAACCAGUUGUUCACAAGCGAAUAGUGAUGCGUAUGCUGUAGCGAUUGCUUUUGUGCAAAGCAGGAGCCAUCAGGACUAAACUCCUAAAGAGCUACAAGGGAAACUCGAUGUUAGACGUACAGAAUUUCUGUCAAUAGGCAUUUUCUUUUUUUUCUCAAUUCUGAAAUGCUUUCCGUCAGUAAGGGUCACUACAGAUAAACACGCACAAUCACAAUACCUGCUAAAUCAACAAUGCAUUUGUUUAACUCUGGUGGAAGAGCACUUGCUAUUUUUAUAAUCAGCAGAAUAGUGGAAAAUAUGUUUCUGUGUUCCGAAGUGAAAGGAGAAGAAAUUCUGCCACCAACAAUACAAAAACUAAUGAAAGGAUACAACAAAUAUCUUCGGCCCUUUUUUGACAAUGGGCCUGUUACUGUCGGAAUGAGCUUGGACAUUGCAAGUAUUGAUACGAUAUCAGAAAUUAAUAUGGACUACACAGCCACUAUAUUCUUGAGACAGCGCUGGACAGAUGAACGUCUUUGCUUUGAUGGAAAUAAGAGCUUAAGUUUAGAUGGACGACUUGUUGAAUUGCUUUGGGUUCCUGAUACAUUUAUUGUGGAUUCAAAGAAAUCCUUUCUCCAUGAUAUUACUGUGGAAAACAGGCUUAUAAGGAUUUUCCCAAAUGGAACAGUUCUGUAUGCACUGAGGAUAACAACUACUGUGGCUUGCAACAUGGAUUUAACAAAAUAUCCUAUGGACAAGCAGACAUGUACCCUACAACUAGAAAGCUGGGGUUAUAACAUUAAUGAUGUGAUGUUUUACUGGACAAGAGGAAAUGAUUCUGUAAGUGGUUUAGACACACUGCGCUUAGCCCAGUACACAGUGGAAGAUUACUAUACUUCUGUGUCAGAAGCCAUUUAUGAGACAGGCCAUUACCCCAAAUUAAUAUUUCACUUUGAAUUGAAAAGGAGUAUUUUAUAUUUCAUUUUGGAGACGUACGUUCCCUCCAGCCUCCUUGUAGUUCUUUCCUGGGUCUCAUUCUGGAUCAGUCAGUCCUCAGUCCCAGCUCGAAUCUGUAUAGGAGUAACUACAGUCCUUACUAUGACCACUCUGAUGAUGGGAGCCAGGACUUCUCUGCCAAAUGCCAACUGCUUCAUCAAAGCUAUUGAUGUUUACUUGGGAAUCUGUUUCAGCUUCAUCUUUGGAGCUUUAAUAGAGUAUGCUGUGGCUCACUUCUGCACACUUCACCACCCUAAUGCUUCCAACAUGUUAAUGUACGGACAGGAAAUGCAGCGGAGGGAGGAUGAAAUGAAUGGGAUAGUCACAACAAUCGCAAGCGACUCAAGCCGAACUAAAAAGCAAGAGGAUGUGUCUGCUAUCAGCCCCUGCGGUCCUUCCAGCAAUGACAUAAAGACUGAGUCACAGGAGCAGCAGAGCAACUGCACAAAAUCACUACACAUCAUAAGAAGGAUGGUUUGCUUCCUUAAGUGCUGCAAAAUUGAAAACCCCCACUAUAUAGACAACUAUUCACGAAUGUCUUUCCCCCUUUCAUUUAUCAUUGUUAAUCUGCUGUAUUGGACAUACUACCUUUAUUUUUAAGAACUGGUUUGAAUUAAGACAGAUUGUAUUGCAGUUAUGCAUAGAAAGGAAGUACGUGAACAAAAAAUAAACAACCUGUUUUUCACCCGGACAUUGGAUGCAACUCAAAGAUUUCCAGCAUGAUGCUGAGGUAAUGGAUUAUGUAAUGAUAUGAACCUCAUGCAUGUCAUGUAAAAUAGCUUCUACAUUAGGACCACCAUUUUCAUCAAGAGCUGCUUUGCUUCAGCCGGCUGCAUUGUAAUAGUAUGAGCUAAAAAAGUAACUUCUACCUUUUGUCUUGUUUUCUUGUUCUGUACAGUCUGGGCUGGUUUUAUAUAAUUCUUAGCUACAUUAAAGUCUGAGCUCACAAUGUGGAGCUGGAUCUAUGUUCAGAGACCUACAUCACAACUGAAUGUACUAUACUGUCAACAACUGCCAUACUGUAUUAUAUAAUCGAUAACUUUAAUGAAAUAUUUUGAAUGUAGACAUCAAUUCGCAGAAUCAACUUGCACAUAACUAUCUUUAAAUGUUUUGAACUUAAUUUUAAAACUAACUACUUCGCUCCAUUAGUUUUAAGACAUGUUUGUUUACCAUUGAAUUAUCUUCGUAAGCUUAUUUUCCAUUUUUCUUGGCACACCUACUGUACUUUCUUGAAAGGCCAGGGGUACUGUGACUGACCAUGGCUGUGUCUUGAUGAGGCUUUUGUACUCACAUUUAUAUAAUAAUUCUUAUUCCUUGGUCGUCUUUCCAAUUUAUAUGUGGUAUGCACUAUUUUUAUAUUAAUUUAGAUUCAGAUUUCCUUAAUGAGGAUUAAAAUAGACAGCUGGUGCUUUUGACUUCCUACUAAUUAUGCAUGAUUCAGCUCUGUCUUAGGCUUCCUUUUGUCUUGUCCUGUUACUCUGUUGUAUUCUUUAUAUUUUACCAAUAUUCUGCAAUUUCACAUCUAUAUUCACCUACUGUAUGAUAGAACAUUAACACGUUUUAUAUUGAAAACGUAAGGGGAAUUCUAAGUGUAAGCUAAAAUACAUGAAUACUGUUAGGAACACUUCAUGCUCGCAAACCUCACUGAGCAGCUACAGUGCUUGACAUCUCUUAUUCACACUGAAUAAAUAUCUGAAAAUAAAGCUCAAAGAAAAUACUGUACAUUGCAUUGGCUCACCAGUGCAUUAAAAAGAAACUUCGUCUUCCCUAUACAGUAUGUGUUGAAAGGUCAACUAGUUGAUUACACAUGUUGAUUCUGGUAUUCCAAAGUCAAAUGGUAGUGAGAUGAAUAUUUCUCUUACACAAUACAGCCAGUCCCACAGAUAGUGUGAAGGUACUCGUAGCCUCUCACUGCCCAAUUCGUUUAGUAUAUGCUGAGUUUUGCAAAAUGGAUUUGGUCCACCUACUUCCAUGCUGUAAGAUGCAUUCAUCAGUUUGAACUGAUUCAUUGACUGCUACACAAUUUAGGGAAUAAACAUUCAAACUAAUCAUAAAUGAUGAUGAUAUUUGGUUCUGAGACUCUAAUAAUGCCAAAUGACUUAACACAUACGGUAUAAAGGAUUAGCGUAUAAGGGAUAGUGUACUUAAUAUUUUGGUGUUAAGUAUUAGGGCUGAGGAAAUGACAGUGCUUGCUGAUGGUCGGUGCUGUUACAACCCCCCCUCACUUACAAGGAAUGAACCAGACAAGCGAUUGCAAGGGUGAAGUUGGGAUGGAAGGAGAGGGUAUAGAAAUAUUUGUGCAAAGCUGUGGGCAGCCAGCAAACAUUUACAGUGUAAGUAAUAGAGUUUGAGAUUAGAAUUUGACCUUCUCCUGAGCUUCUGUCAAACAAGCCUAUUAAUUACACAAAUGAUUGUCUUUGUAUACAAUAAAGUUUCACCUUCUUCAAAAUAGGACCUUGAUUUGAUAAUGCCUCUAUCUGAGGUGAGUUUAAAGUGGACUUACACACUUUUUUCUGCAUACUGUACUUAAGCAAUACAUUGUUUCUUCAUAGACGUGCACCUUAUAACUUAGAAAAGCACAAUUGCAAAUUAAAAAUGCUAAAAUCACUAAUGGCCUAUCCUAAAUGGAGUAUUGUGCUGUCAUAGGGGCUAUCACAAUACAAGAAGUGAUUUAAAUUGGCCUGUUUUCUGUAUUCAGUGUACUGUAUGUUUGCAGAAAAUUUUGGCUUUGUUUCUUCAAAAUUCUGGAUGGCAGAGAACAUAUUGUUUUUAUUAGUUAAGUUAAUAAAAUUAUAUAUAUAUACACUGUCAACAGGAUUGCUUCUGUGGUACUCAAGAAAAUAGUGUCGUGUUUGAUCAAUUGCAUUUUAUGUUUAAUCAUAUUAUUAAAAGUGAAGCUGAGUAUUUUUGUUUUAAGUGUUGUAAAUAAAGAUGUACAUUGCAUGUUUAUUUGAUAUUUUCA